GGACUUGGCCGAGGGCCGUGGCCGCAGUAUCGCCCCCGCCGAGGGCACCCUUGCCGGCUGGUCCGCGGCUCCUGCUCCCGCCGCCGCCCUCCAGGAUUUCAGCUACUGAUGUUAAAAAUAAUAAAACAUUGAAGCAUAGAAUUGAGGAAGAGACAUAAACUAGGGUUUUCUUCAGUUAGUUAAAAAUAUGGAUCCUGAGUCAGAGGUCCCACACAGUGUCAAAGUGACACCUCUUCAGCAAGUGCUUGCCUCUUGUACUGGAGCUGUAUUGACAUCACUAAUGGUGACGCCCCUGGAUGUUGUUAAAAUUCGACUCCAAGCCCAGAGCAACCCAUUUUCCAAAGGAAAAUGUUUUGUAUAUAGUAAUGGACUUAUGGAUCAUAUGUGUAUCUGUGAAGAAGUGGGCAACAAAGCAUGGUAUAAGAAGCCAGGAAACUUCCAGGGAACACUGGAUGCCUUUUUAAAAAUCAUUCGAAAUGAGGGCAUUAAGUCCCUGUGGAGUGGCCUUCCUCCAACUCUAGUGAUGGCAGUUCCUGCCACCGUUAUUUAUUUUACCUGCUAUGAUCAAUUAACUGCUGUUCUGAGAUCCAAACUAGGAGAAAACGAAACUAGAAUACCAAUUAUUGCUGGAAUUAUCGCCAGGUUUGGUGCAGUAACUGUAAUCAGUCCAUUAGAAUUGAUUAGAACCAAGAUGCAGUCUAAGAAGUUUUCUUACAAGGAACUACAUCAAUUUGUCAGUAAGAAAGUAUCGGAAGAUGGCUGGAUUUCCCUUUGGAAGGGCUGGGCUUCUACUGUUCUUAGAGAUGUGCCUUUCUCAGCUAUAUACUGGUAUGACUAUGAAAUUUUAAAGAAGUGGCUAUGUGAGAAAUCUUGUAUAGAUGAACCGACUUUUAUGAUCAGCUUUACUUCAGGGGCAUUGUCUGGUUCUUUUGCAGCUAUUGUAACUUUGCCAUUUGAUGUGGUGAAAACACAAAAGCAGACACAACUUUGGACAUAUGAAAGUCAUAAAAUUUCUAUGCCUUUGCAUAUGUCAACCUGGGUUAUAAUGAAGAACAUUGUUGCUAAAAAUGGAUUUUCUGGAUUAUUUGCAGGUCUGGUUCCUCGCUUAAUUAAAAUUGCUCCUGCUUGUGCCAUUAUGAUCAGUACCUAUGAAUUUGGAAAGGCUUUUUUCCAGAGACAAAAUGUUCAGAGGCAGCAGUUCUAGUGAUACAGUUUCAUCCUGGAAGAACCACAGCAAGAGCUUUUUAACUGUUACUCUGUUAAAAUAUUUUAUUUCUUUCUCUCCUAUAAUUUAAAUGAACAGCAAUUUCUAUUCUACCUCAAAAUCAUAAUCUUAGUUUUAAAAUAAAAAUGUACUUAUUUUUGGAGGUUUAAAAAAAUAUUGCAGAAAUCACAAGUAUUUUGUUUUCUUGUCAGCAAAAGAAAUACUAUUGCUUAGCAUCAGAAGCACUCUGAGUUUGAUUUCAGUGUAGCUUAGUCUGUCAGAUAAAAAAUCUUUUGAAUUGUACUUGAUAAUGUCUCGAAGAAAAAUGGUCAAGGUUUAUGCACAUUUAAAUCAUGUACAUAGAUACUUCAGAAACGGAGAUAAUAGAAGGUAGUCGUUUAAUAGCCUUUGUCACAUUUGUCUGGUAUCACCUCAUAAUUUCUUUAAUUCACAUGCACUAGUUUUUCCUUCCACAUUGCUAUCUCAAGGACUCAUAUGUACUACAGUUUCUCUGAUUAAAGUAUAGAUACUUUAUUUGUCUGAUAUAAAAUAUAAUCAUUUGUAUGAUACAGAUCUUAACAUGUUUGGUGAAUAAAAAACGCAUACUUACUGUUCCUGUUUGAAGAGGGAGGUUUUACUGAUUGGAGCGAAUGCUCACUCAGACGUGGGGCUGCUGCGGAAACCACGCUGCAGUUCCACUGUAACCGAAAUCCUUUGGACUUUAGUCCAUGUACAGUGCAAGUGGCAUCGUUCAGGAGGUUCUCUAGGUCAUUUCUGUUGAUUUUUUUCUAACAAUAUGGAAAUCAUCACAGCUUCUCAUCAUGAGCUUCUCUAAUCUGAAAAUCUAAAAUCUGAAGUGUUCCAAAACCUGAAGCUUUUUGAGCAUUGACACCGCAAGAGGAAAAUUCUACACCUGACCUCACGUGAUAAGGGUUGCAGUCAAAAUGCACACACACUAAAUAAAUUCGUAAGAUUCCUUUCAGGCCAUGUGUAUAACUUCAGUGAACUUUUUAUUUAGACUUGCAUCCCUUCCCUAAGAUUUCACUAUAGACAUGCAAAUAUUCCAAAAUCUGGGGGAAGAAAAGGGAUGUUAAAACUUUUUUUGUCCUAAGCAUUUUGGAGAAUUGUCCUAAAUUUGGAGUAUUCGGAGAAUACCGAAUCUGUACUGUGAUAAAAGUCACAAAAUAUUUUCAGAAUGUCUUGAUUUACAGUAUCACAUUAAUAUGAUAGGCCUAGGGACUAAAGAAGAAGCUGAAAUUAUACAUGAUUAAAGAAUUUAGCUUAACGCAAUUUGUAGGAGUGAGAUUUUAAAAAGGAUCUGAAUGGUCUGGGAAUGGAGGUCAGUCAUCAUACUCACUUAGGAUGAGCAGAGCCCAGGGACCGAUCCCUGGCUCUAGCGUCUCUCCCCGCAGCAGGGUAAGAUACGGUGUUCUUAAUGUUUUUGCUUGAUUUUCAUAGGACCUCGCUUACAUGAAAAAGAACUUUACUGUAUUCAACUUACAUUGUAUGAAAAUGUGAAGCAUUUCCCCCCACUAAAAUAUAGUGAUGUAUUUUGGCAACAGAUCUUCUGUAGUGUUGGUAGGGGAAUUAAUGCAUUUUUGUAUUGUAGUAGAAGAGUAUUUAUGUUUCAUGAGAAAUAAACUAUAUAGAAUUUGUAUGUAACCUUUUAUGUUUAUUUUAUCCUGUUGAUUUACCUUAAAUUUACUGUUCACAUAGCCAUAUAAAUUUAAAUAUUCAUGAUAUUCUUAUAUUUUUAUUAAAGUACUUCAUGCUUUAAAUUAUCACUGCACUUGUAAUUAGUUUUCAAUAAAAUCAUAUAAUGCCAUACUUUA